AUGGGCCACAUCCAAGUUCUCUUAUUCGUCGUGACAAGCGCUUCUGCCUUGGCAGCUCUCACCGCCAUCUUCUCGGCCAUCCAUGUGAUGACCGACAUCAGCAGCUUCCAAGAUGAGGUGCUCACCGAUUUGAGCAACUUCAAGCAGUAUGCUGACGACGCUUGGGGAGUGAUGGUUCGCACUGGAAACUCACCAGGAUUCCGUUUCGAACAAAUCACUGGAAGAGUUCGUAGACAGUAUGCUACUGCUUCUGGAGGAGGUGGAGGAUGCCAGUGUGCCGCCCAGGCCUCUGGAUGCCCAGCUGGACCACCAGGAGCCCCAGGACAAGACGGAGCCCCAGGAGAACCAGGAACACCAGGACAAGACGGACAAGCUGGAGGAGCUGGAGUUGCCGAGCAGCACUCUUCUGCUUCCGCAUGCAUCACCUGCCCAGCCGGACCACCAGGACCACCAGGACCAGAUGGAUCUGCUGGACCAGCUGGACCAGCCGGAAACCCAGGACAGGAUGGACAAGGAGGAGGAGCUGGAGCCCCAGGACCAGCUGGAGGACCAGGACCAGCAGGACCAGACGGACAACCAGGAGCACCAGGAAACGAUGGAGCCCCAGGAGCCCCAGGAACCCGCUCUAGCAGCUCUCCAGGACCAGCCGGACCAGCCGGACCACCAGGACCACCAGGAACCGACGGAGCUCCAGGAGGAGGAAGCGGACCAGGACCAGCUGGACCAGCCGGACCACCAGGACCAGCCGGAAACCCAGGAGGAGCUGGAUCUGACGGACAACCAGGAGGACCAGGAUCCGAUGGAGCCCCAGGAAGCGAUGCCGCCUACUGCCCAUGCCCACCAAGAAGCGGAGCUGUCGGAGCAGGAGGAGGUGGAGACGCCGCCGUCGUUGGAGGAGGAGGAGGCGAAAGCCCAGCAUACCCACAACGCAGACACCGAUUCUCAAACUAA